AUGGCUAGCUUCAUGUCCAGUUUCUUUCCCGGAGGGAAAGAAAAGAACCCGGCCAGCGAAAAUGGCAGUUCGCGACCUGCUACGCCAUCCACCAGGGUGGACAACUUCCUCAACCCCGCGAGCACACCUCAAGGCAGCCCGAGCAAGAAGACCAACCCUCCUGGCUCACACGACCUCCCGUCUGCAUUCGAAAGUGCCCUGACACUCAGUCCUCCUGUCAUGGAGCCACCUCUCAAGUUGGGCCGCCCUCAAAGCGUUGUAACCCCGCUAUCACCUGGCAAGACCAAGGUUCAGCCCCUCGACGAGUCCAACGUCAAUGUCGAUGAAAGCGUCGUCCACAAGACACGGCCUGCAAGCCCCCAAAAGAAACAAGGCCAGGAGAACACACUUCCUGCUUCUCGAUUGGCUGCUACCGAUUCUCCCCACCAACAUAGCCAUGCUGCUGUCACUCGUCAACAACACUAUGAGCACAGAGAGCGACCAAACACACCUGCGACGAAGAAGUUCAACACCGCCCGAGGCCUGACACCCGAAGAGCGCGAGAUUCUUCAGAAGCCCAACGUUAAGCGACUCGUCAAUGUUACUCAGCUUUACUUUCUUGACUAUUACUUCGACCUCCUUACCUAUGUUGGAUCAAGACAAAAUCGACUGGCAGCCUUCAAGAACGAAUACCCUCCGCCCCCAGAGACUGGUGAACAGACGCACAACCAAAUGUGGGCCAAGUACACAGGACGAGAACGCGCCAACUUGCGCAAGCGUCGAGUUCGACUUCGACAUGGUGACUUCCAGAUUUUGACACAAGUUGGUCAAGGUGGGUAUGGCCAGGUUUUCUUGGCUCAAAAGAAAGACACCCGUGAGGUCUGUGCCCUCAAAGUAAUGAGCAAGAAGUUACUGUUCAAACUCGACGAAGUUCGCCAUGUUUUGACGGAGAGAGAUAUUCUGACCACCGCCCAAAGCGAGUGGCUCGUUAGGCUCCUCUACUCUUUCCAGGAUGAAAAGAGUAUUUAUCUGGCCAUGGAAUAUGUGCCUGGCGGCGACUUCCGCACCCUGCUUAACAACACCGGUGUGUUAUCCAACCGCCAUGCCCGUUUCUAUAUCGCCGAGAUGUUCUGUUCCGUUGACGCCCUGCACCAACUCGGUUACAUCCAUCGAGAUCUCAAGCCAGAGAACUUCCUUGUCGAUUCUACAGGACACAUCAAGUUGACCGACUUCGGUCUUGCCGCAGGUGUGCUCGCCCCGUCCAAGAUCGAGUCAAUGCGUAUCAAGUUGGAAAAAGCAUCCGAAAGUGCAGUUCCCUUCGGCAAGCCCAUGGAUCAGCGAACUGUGGCUGAACGCCGAGAGAGCUACCGGACAAUGCGCGAGAAUGAUGUCAACUAUGCCAAAUCCAUUGUGGGAUCGCCUGACUACAUGGCCCCAGAGGUCCUUAGAGGGGAGGAAUAUGACUUUACAGUGGAUUAUUGGAGUCUGGGUUGCAUGCUGUUCGAGGCACUCACUGGAUUUCCUCCUUUCGCGGGCGCCACCCCGGAUGAGACGUGGCGUAACCUGAAGCACUGGAAGGAGGUGCUGAAGAGACCUGUAUGGGAGGACCCUAACUACUUCCUGAGUAACAGAACUUGGAAUUUCAUCUGCACAUGCAUCAACUCUCGUACAAGACGCUUCUCGAAUAUCAAAGAUAUAUAUGCUCACCACUACUUUGCUGAAGUUGAAUGGGAUGUUUUGCGACAAACUCGUGCGCCCUUUGUACCAGAGCUGGACUCGGAAACUGAUGCGGGCUAUUUCGAUGAUUUCACCAAUGAGGCUGAUAUGGCCAAGUACAAGGAGGUUCAUGACAAACAACAAGCUCUCGAGACAAUGGCUGAGCGUGAAGACCAAAUGAGCAAGAGUCUCUUCGUCGGAUUCACGUUCAGACAUCGCAAACCCGCAACGGAAGAAGGCGGGAGCCCCAGAAAGCGCAUUCCCACUGAUGAGACGUUUGGGACGAUGUUCUAG